UCACCGUCCUCUCUCUAACGAAGAGCCCUUCCUCUCUCUCUCUAACAAAGAACGAACACAGCAACAGUGGCGUCGCCCUUGCACCCACUGUUUCGAAGGCAGCCUUCUUCCUUGCUACUCUCUCUCUCUCUAAGAUUUUGAAACCAAUCUGGUAUUUUUCCUUAUUACUCCAAAUUUGGCGUAAGAAGUUUUUGCUUCAUUUAGUUAACAAUGGAAGGAAAUCUCAGACAAGGGACGCCACCGCCUUCAUCGGAUCCAGCCAUGGAGAGUAGUUGCAGAAGAACGACGGGUUCCGAGACAUCUGGGCUCACCGGAGACAAUUUCAGAACUCUUCUUGAAGAAGAAGAAGAAGAAGAAGAAGAAGAAGAAGAAGAAGAAGAAGAAGAGGAAGAGAUGGACAGCUUGAUGGCAGGAUCAAUGUUCACAGAAUGGACGGAUGAGAAGCACAGCCUAUACCUCAAUUCCAUGGAAGAGUUGUUUGUGAAACAGCUACAUGACGAGAAAGAGUUACUUGCUGGGCAUUCAGAGAAUGAAACCAUGCUCCAGAGAAACUCCUCAGGACAACUGAAUGAGAACAAUCAUGUCUCAUCUGGCCAGUUCAAAGUUCUUUGGAAUGGCUGCUGGCGGAAGAAUAAUAUUGAAAGAAUCCAACCUCAGUCGAUUAUUGCCUCUGACCAUCACGGUCUAUCAAAAAAUCCAUGGAUCCAGCAUUUCAGGUGUUCUGGCAGACAGGGAGAUGUAAAAUCAGCCGUUCCAGAAGGGAAUGGUUCACUUUUUACCCAGGCUGUUCGCUUGGGAGGGACAAACAGAACAUCCUGUGGAGUGGUUACAAGUUCAAAGCGGAUCCCUGCAGAUCAGCCACUAUUGGUUCACCAGGACUUUGUUGGAAGCAAUACAGAGGUAUCAGAUCAGAACUUCAUUGAAGAAGAUCAUGAUGGAGAGAAGUGUAGUAGUGUGCGCAGCACAAAGAGGAUGAAGACUGUCACUGCUGAUGUUUCAAGCAAAGAUCAAGUUGUUCUGCAUGGGAAGUUUCCUUUAAUAUCAGAUUAUGAUGAGAAUUGUGCUUCUAUGAGAACAGAAGAAACUGGUAGUAGUGGUUCCAAUCAGAAAAUGAAAUACAUUUGUAUGCCCAAAAUCUGUACUGCAUAUCAGUCAUGACCAUAAUCUCAAUGCUGGUGAUUGUCGUGUCAGUGGUAGCUACGACUGAAGUUUGAAGUUAUUGAAUCCAAGAAAGAGAAAAGGAAAAAACAGUAAGGAAAAGUGAAUACAGAUAAGAUAGUUGUUACUGUGUAGCUGAAGGAUUGAUAUAUGAAGCUGACAGAAAGUUGCUUAAAAUUCAGUGUAGGGUCUUCCAUGAAAUCAGGCAGACUUAGUAGUUGCUAAUUGGUUCUUUGCUAGUGUUGCACGGACUAUAUAUUAGAGUGAAGAAGAAUAGAAGCUGAUGAGGCAUAUACAAAAUAGUUUAGAAUUCCUUUUAUGCAUUAUAUAUUUUCCGUUUAUUCAAUAAAGUGUGUGCAUUGAACUUCUUUGUAGGCAAUAUGCACUAUAUGUAGGUGUUGGUUCAGUUGAACUUGUACCCUGCAUAAUUAUUCUUGCAGAAGCUUUGUACAAAUUAUAGUUGUGGCUUUUAAGUUC